AUGGGUAAAACAAAUAGCACCCACCCCCCUCCAUCCCACCAUCCUCAGCAGUUCUCGCAUCGUGACACACAAACGAACACACAAUGGCCCCAGCGAAAAAAACGCGAGAAAGACAAUGCAGAUGGCGCUGGCGCUGCGGCAAAUGGCAUUAACGGCGGAUCGAACGCGGCUCAUGGCCAUGGAAAUGGAGCAGAUGGAACAAAUGCUACGUUGGCAGCGCCAACGACCACGGGGACGGCAGCGGCAGAGGCCAACGGGAAGCUCAAUGGACACCAACAAGAGCAGGAACUCUUUUUGCAAGCAUUUGAAAAGCCCACGCAAAUCUAUCGGUAUCUACGCAACCGCCAUGAGACAAACCCCAUAUUCCUGAAUCGAACGCUCUGCUAUAUGAAGGAGCGAAUGUCGCGCACCAACAAGAAGCGGGCCACCUUCCAGAUCAACUCCAUGCUGGAGAGCAUAAUCCAAAAAUCCGAAGCCGUAACACAAAACUACCUGCACGUUAUCUACGACUCGCUACACGAGAAGAUCAAAUCAUCGGACAGCGAUGAGCUGCUGCAGGAGCAACUGCUCUGCGAAGCCGGUGAGUCGGUUUGUGUUGUGACCACGCUGUACAAGAUCACGCGGAGCAAGCGCAAGGACAGCACGCUGGACUUUCAGGAGCUGCUCAGCAAGAGUUCGCAGAUCGUGUACAAUCCGAAGGAUCGCAUUGGCGAGCAUGCCACCAUCAGCAUACCUCUGCAGGCCAUGCGACCGAUGGGUGAGCAGCAUACGCUCUACAAGCUGCUCUUUAGGAUCAAGGUUCUGUCGUCGCCCGCCACCACGUGCAAUGAUGAGAAUGCAGAAACCCCAUCGAACAAGCGAUCGCGUCCCAAUGAGAAGAUGUACGGCUCUGAGCUGAUAUUGUAUGAAAAGUCGAGUGGAUUCAUCACCGAGGGCGAAUACGAGGCCAUGCUCCAGCCGUUAAACUCGUCGAGCAUCAAGUCCUUCUCACCAAAGAAAUGCACCUGGGAGACGAUGCCCGAUAGCUACAUUCCACUCUCGCUCACCUACGAUGUCUACCAACAGAGUCCGAUGCUGAAAUUCCAUCUGACGCUGUCCAACGAGCAGCUGCCAGAGACAAUAUCGGCACGGGAACUCCAGCGCUAUGUCCAUCAUCUGGACGCCGUUGCCGAUGCGGUCAAUCACAAUAACAAUCAUUUCAAUAAUAACAAUAACUGCAGUGGUGGCAGCAACCUCAAGAAUAAUGGCAUUUGCAAGACAACGCCCCCCGAACACAUCCAGAUCGUAUACAAUUUCAUGUACAGCAACAAUACGCGCCAGCAGACUGAAUACACGCAGGAGCUGAACUGUCCCUGGUGCGGUCUGGACUGUCUGCGUCUGUACGCCCUGCUGAAGCAUCUGAAGCUAUGCCAUGCCCGGUUCAACUUCACCUACCAGCCCGCAGGCAGUGGUGCGCGCAUCGAUGUCACCAUUAAUGAUGCGUACGAUGGAUCGUACGCUGGAUCCCCCUACGAUCUGGCCGGGCCAUCGGGCUCGUCGUUUGCCCGCACCUGCGGCCCUGUUCGGCGCACUUCGGUGACCAGCCUAAUGGUGUGCCGGCCCAGGAGGCAGAAGGCGAGCCUGGAUGAGUUCCUGGAGCUAGAUGAGGACGAUAUCAGUAACCAGCGUUCGUACAUAACAGGUCACAACAGGCUAUACCAUCAUACGGAGACCUGUCUGCCCGUGCAUCCCAAGGAGCUGGACAUUGACUCGGAGGGCGAGAGUGAUCCGCUGUGGCUGCGCCAGAAGACCAUACAGAUGAUUGACGAGUUCUCCGACGUCAACGAGGGGGAGAAGGAGCUGAUGAAGAUAUGGAAUCUGCAUGUGAUGCGUCACGGAUUCGUGGGCAACUGCCAGCUGCCAUUGGCCUGCGAAAUGUUCCUCGAUGCCAAGGGCCAUGAGAUCGUGCGCAAGAAUCUCUAUCGCAACUUCAUCCUGCACAUGUGCUCCCUCUUCGACUAUGGACUCAUCUCGAACGAGCACGUAUACAAGACGGUGCAGAAGCUGCAGGGUCUGCUCAGCAAAUAUACGGCCGGGCAAGAGCUAAUGCAGCGCCAGCAUAAAGCCCAGCUCGAGUACUGGCUGGACGUGGGAAUGCACAAGAAGCAGGAGGACCUCAAGGCCCACAAGUCCCCACAGAAGAUGUCCGCACUGUCCUCUAGUACAGACAGACCAACUACCUCCUCCAACAGUGCAGCGGCGGCUGCCAGCAGCAGCUCGAAUGCAGCUAUGCAGCCGCCCAAGCGAAUGCCGGCUCAUCUGAAGCGGGCCAGUGCCGCGGCUGCUGCGGCCGCUGCUGCUGCAGCAGCUUCCGGCCAGGACAAUGGAUCUGCCAACAAUAGCAAGAAUGUGGCCAAAAAGUCCGCCGAUCAGCCGCUUGCCACAUUGCCCAAUACACGGGAACGGCGCUCCGACCCCAGUCUGAAACGCAGCGGUACUCGGUUGAGCACUGGAGCUGCUGCUGCCACCUCUGCGGCUGCCACAUCGAAGCGCAAAUUGAGCCCCAAAGAUAAUACAGCGCAGAGGAAGCGUCAGCGGUACAGCGAAGGCAGCAGCAGCAGCAACAGCAACACCGGAGGAGCAGCAGGAGGAGGAGCAGCAGCAGGAGGAGGAGGAGGAGGAGAGACCGGAACGAGUCGCAACAAAAGCAAUAAUAAUAGCCACCAAACACUGCCAGCACCAACCAGCAACAGCAAGAAACGCUUAGUUGCGCGAUCCCGCUCGACCUCAGAGAGAACCAGCAAGUCCUCAUCCACAGGAGCAGGAUCUGGAGCAGCAUCAGGUGGAGGAGGAGCAGGAGUGCGUACCAGGCUCUCAGUGCCGCUGGCCAAAUACGAGAAGCGCUGACGCAAGCAAAGACGCUGCUGCUGCUGCUGCUCCUCCACCACAUCGACAGCCCAAAACUGACUAAAGCAUCGCAUCGUAUUGCUGCUUACCUUACCAUACACAUAUAGUAUAUAUAGUAUAUUGUUUUUGACAGGCACUUCUACCAUUAUCGCUGUAGCUCUUUAUAUUGUGUUAAAUUCUAAUCAACGCCUUAUGUUGGACCAUUGUUUUAAAGCCUUUUGCAUAUAGUAUAUUGUUUUUGACAGGCACUUUUUCAUUAUCGCUGUAGUUCUUUAUAUUGUGUUAAAUUCUAAUCAAUGCCUUAUGUUGGGCCUUUGUUUUAAAGCCUUUCCACGGUUUAAACAGCAUUUUUUUUUUAAUGUCAACCUAAGCUUAAAGUUAUAAGUCCUUGCUGGAAUGCGAGCAAUUUCGCACGAGUCUUGGCAGAACAGCGUAUCAUUUGCAUACAUUUUUUGAUGGCAAUGAACACCGUACAAUGAUCUGAUAAUUGUGCUUAAAUGAUAAUUUAUGAUUGUCUUUCGUGGCAAUUACUUAAUAGACCACAGAGACAUUCAAACAUACAUACGUAUACAGGGCUGAGGGCAACCCAUUCAACAAUCAAUUGAACAACUAAUGAACCAUUCGUAGACCUAAGAGUAAGGAAAUGCUGCUGCCGUGGGAAAAUGUAAAUCAGCUUUUAAUUGUAUGAAAAGGACAAAAAUGUAUCAAUUGUAAUUAGCAAAGAGUAUAUGCAAAAAAAUAUAUAUUUACGGCAUAAGCGCGAGUCUAUUUUAAAAGCAAAAACGUGCGUUUUUUGAGCGAGCAAUUCCAAAACUAAUGAAACGCCAAUACGCUAUAUCAUACACCUACACCUACACCUACAUUUACUAUACACAUCCGUACGUACAUAAAUAAAAUUCACUUCAAACCCACA